GGGAAAACCCAAUCGCAAAGUGAAAGAAACAUGGCGCACUCACUACUUUACAGAAGAGAUACUCUUGCCACGUGAGCUAAUUUCGAAGAAAACCGAAAGAAGGAAAUGUCAGGACGUCACACGCCUCCUCUGAUGCUGGCCCAGAGACUGGCCAAUGCUCACAGGGAUGGAGACUCGAGUUUUUUUGCACAGCUUCUGGCGGCCAGAGACGGUGGAGGGGGAGAGGCAACCUCUGAAAAACUAAACCAGCUUGAAGGGUCAGUAGACAGCCUACGGACUUAUGUUGAAACACUGGAUGGUCAAAUAAUUAAUAUAAAAGAAGAUUGUUUAAAUGUGAAGGAAGAAGUGCAAGGUGUUAGGGACGAAGUAGAGGGUAUAUCUCAGAACAUGAAAAGAGAAUCACAGGAAAAUGAAAUUUUGAAGCUAAAACAAGAUUACCAGGAAUUAAGAAAGGACAUGGUUGAAAUGAAGGUUUUGUUGGAAGAGUGGAAGGCAUAUGGAGAUGAAAGCUUCUUCAGUGAGACAUCUUCUCAGCAAGAAAUGUUGGCCAGUGGUGGUGUGCCUUGGCUUGCUACUGGAGGUUGUCCAGUACCUGAUCUACUGACCAGCAAGACAAUAACUGGGUUGCCAGGUGAAGCGAGCUGGGAUGUCUCUUCUCAACAAGAAUUGCCUCUCUGCAUUCCCAGGUCAGCUGAAAGACGGUUUGAUCCCAGAGAGGAUAAAUAUAUACCGGAGACAACUGAUCAACAGCUUCGUCCAGAAAGAACCCGUGCCACUGAUGAUCCUACACGUAAUAAGAAGGACAUACUCAACCAUGGUCCUAUGACGGAGAGGUCUAAGAAUAUUUUGGUAAACUGUAGACUCGUAUUGAUUAAAGAUUUGGAACUUGACCCUCUCAUACCUUACUUGUUUGAAGACUGUGUUCUAACUGAUUUGGAUGUGGAAUAUCUGGACUCCCUCUCAACCCAUCACGAGAAGAUUUGCUACUUUUUAGAGAAAAUACUACCAAGAAAAAAAGAAAAAGCAUUUUGGGACUUUCGGAGGGCUCUUUUGAUAUCUGAGCCCCCCAAAAAAUUUUUAGCAGAUGCACUUGACAAAAAGCUGAGUAUUAUUUGCUCUGAAUUGGAAACAGAAAUUGCACAGCAAAUAGCUGAAGACAUGGCAGAAGCAAGACCUUUGCGUCAUGUGCAAGAUGAGAUCCAUCAGAAGCUACCCCAAAUGCGCAAUGCCUUGCAGGAAAAACUGUGCUACUUGGACUUACAUGCUGAGAACAUUCGCCAGGGCAGUAUAAUAAUGGAUCUAAAAUUCUGGAAUGUUGAACAUCUGGACAACUUCUGGGCAUGGUGUCAAAGCAGCCACCCAUCCCCUCUCUCUGCAGCGCUCUCUGAUGUCAUACUGACAGAUGAAGUGAGAGCAAUGGUGCCCAGUGAAGAUUUGAGGCUAAGUUUGAGGACAUCCAUGGAUUGGCCUACUUAUAUGGAUGCCAGGCGCCGCCUGCUUCGAGAUGCUGCCCCUACUGUCUCUAAGUAUGAUGAUGUUAUCUAUGAUGGCAGACGACAAGCUCAGGGGAUCCUCACCCAUGCGCCAUACCAUUUUCUGCUCACUGAUAAAGAGCUCUCAGACGCCACACCACGGGACCUGGUGAGAAUGGCCUUUGAGGAGGGCUACCUUGACAAAAUCCCAAUUCUGAAAGAGAAAUUUCCUACAGAACUUCGGGAUUUUUCAGACAAAGAUAUUCGGUUGGAGAGACUGAGAGAUUUGAUAAAAAUUAUGAGGAACAAUACGCAGAUGAUGCUUUCGACUGCUGUGAGUGAUCAGACUGAAGUGACCAAUCAACUUCAAGAUAAAACUAGGGAAGUAGAGACAUUAAGCCAACGGGUGGGAAAUCUAGAAAUGGAGCUUUUGCAGAAAAAUGAAGAGAUUGCUCGCAUGAUGCAAGCUGCAAAUUUACAAGGUGCUUCAAGAGUGCAGGUGUUUGAAGAUGGAGAUGAAAUUUCAAAGGAAAAUGAGCAGUUACAACAUGCACUCCAAGAGAAGUGUAACACUAUAAACAUUGUAAAAUCAGAGUGUCAAGACUUGAGAGAUCAAUUGAAAAUAAAGGAUCAAGAAAUUAAUAACCUAAGAAGGAAAAAAGAGGAAAGAACUGAGAAGAUUAAGAUAUUAGAGGAUUCUGUUAGGGUAGCAGAUGUCCAAAUCAAAGACCAAAAUGCAAAACUGCAGUUUCAAGAUGAUUUGAUUUCUAAGCUGAGGAAAGAGAAAGAGGACAAAGAAUAUAUAGCACUGGCCUUUGAAACAGCAGUAGAAGAUAGUUGCAAUGGUCGCGAACCACUGACCCAAAAACAAGAACUUGAAUUCUUGUCUUGUGGAAAAACAAUAACAAGACUACAAAAUGAGGUAGAUUAUUUUAAAGGUGUCAUAGAAAGGAUUUGGCAAGGACUUGCAAAGGAAAAUUUGAAAGCAGAUACUUAUUUGGUAACAGAAAUACAACAGAUUUUGAGCAAAAAUAAUGGUGUAGCAAGUGGAUAUAUAUCCACUGAUAAGCCAGGUGCAGCUAUGACAACUAAUGGGAAAAAAGGAGGGUCUGCCAUGCCAUCUUGUGGUUGGCAACAUAGAGUAGAUAUGCCACCUGGUGAGCAGGGAGCAGUAGCUAUGCCACCUGGUGGUGAGCAGGGAGCAGUAGCUAUGCCACCUGGUGGUGAGCAGGGAGCAGUAGCUAUGCCACCUGGUGGUGAGCAGGGAGCAGUAGCUAUGCCAUCUGGUGAUGAACAAGCAGGGAGCAGUUUAAUGGAUUGUGAACAAGAGGAAGACAAGACAGAUAGAAAGGCUGUCAUUUUACCUAAACAGCACAAUCCAAGGGGUGGUUUAUUCAAGAGAAAGUCCAGUGGCUUGGACACAGUCUUCUGUAUUGAUACAUCUGGGAGUAUGACAGGGGAGGCAUUUACACAGAUGAAAGCUGCUAUCAUCAUGAUAUUAGAUGAAAUGAAACGGUCCCACUUGAUGUAUGAGGAGCUGGAAGAAGAUGUGGCCAUUGUGACAUUUGGGAAACAUGGUGAUAACACAGUUUUAACUCUGACCAAUGAUUAUGAGGCUGUUCGCAGGGUGUUGGAGGUUCUGAAGCCUGAGGGUAUGACACCUAUGACGCGGGGGCUGGUAGAGGCACAGAAUGAACUACAACGACAUUCUGGGAGCCUCAGAGUGGCAGGGCGCAGAGUGAGGCCGAGAAUCCUUGUAUUCACCGAUGGAAUCCCCAGUGAUAGUGAUACUGAUUUUGGGUCAACUGAUUCAACAACACCAUCAGUGUCGGGUACUUACAAAGUAAUGAGUGCUCUUCAGCUGUACUCAAAAAAUGAAAAUGUAUCAAACAAAGCCAGGAUAUCUUUCAUAGCAUGUGGAACCAAUGCAAACAAGACUUUCAUGGAGUCGGCAUCCCAGGUAGUAGACGGUCUAUGUCUGGACGCCGGCAGUACAGAAGACAUGAGGGGUCUGGGGGCUUACUACAGGAGGAUGGUCCUGGCCUGCAGGUUUGCUGCCCCUUUCAAAACCACGGAGAGCAUGCGUGAGCUGUGUCUUACAAGUUUUGACACAUUCAAGCCAUGGUUUCAAGCCACCAACACAUUUCCACUCAUGGAGGAGGACAAAACUGACCAUGAACUGAGAGAGAUCUACCAAUUACUUCUGGAUAUGAAAGAAGAGGACAGAAGACACCGUGAUGUAGAGGGGGAGGUGGACCCUACCUUACAGGUUUCCAUGCCUAUAGGCACCCGUGUGGUGAGGGGGCCAGACUGGAAGUGGGAGAAUCAAGAUGGCGAUGGCCCGGGGACAGUCGUGGGUUAUGGCAAAGGAAGCUGGGUGUGGGUACACUGGGAUUAUACAGACCAUGAAAAUAUCUACAGAUAUGGUGGCCCCGAAUGUGCAUACGAUGUAUGGAUUUUUGAGGAAGCAAAGAAAAUGGAUGAGGGCAAGCUGAUAGAUGUUGGGGUUAGAGUGAAGAGAGGUCCUGAUUGGAGAUACGGUGACCAAGAUGGGGGGAACGGAACUAUUGGUAUUGUGGUUAAAGUUGAAGAAAAUGGAAAAGUUAAGGUGCGGUGGCCUAAUCGCAAAAAUUGUAUCUACAGGUUUGGAUAUGAUGGAAAAUUUGACCUAACAAUUGUUGAAGAUGAAGUAGCUGCUGGUAUGGCAUCAGGAGGAGCACCUCAAAUGGAUGAAGAUAGUGGAAUGACAGUGGUCUGGCAAUGGAAAAGUAAUGGUGUGUGGUUAAUGUACCCUGAGUACGUGUCCAGGCAGUUAGAGCAGGCCUACAAGAGGGACAGGACAGGAAGUUGUAGUGUGGAGGUCCAGUCACUAAGACGACGCAUAAACUUCUCAAGCAUGACAGACCAUUGCAGUGACAUUGAUGAAACAUUUGAAGUCCAGAGAUUGGUUAUGACACAGGAAGAAUACGAAGCAUCAAAGGAAUGAACAUUGGUCGUUUCAGUAUAAAAUCUUAAGUUAAACAUAAGCAUGGAAAUUCAUUCAAUAAGACUUUGAUAUUCUCAAUCAUAUGGAGUGAGUCUCUCGGCAGUUGGAAUGUGCCACAAAAAUGGCAUAAAACAUCUACGUUGUAUAUGCACAUGUACAGAGUAGAAACUCUUCUUUAAUCUAGGCUCACAAACCUUAAGGGCAUAUUCCAAUUUCAAUUACAAAUAGGAGAGGAAUGCUUUUGUCAAACCUUUGCUUGAUGUUUGCUUAGAAGUUUGAAAGGGAUAACAACUCAUCUUAUGAGAAUCAUAUUUCAUGAUACAUAAAUGUAGGAAUGGAUUCAUUUACCAUUUGUAACUUUGGGAAAUCGUUGUUUACCCCAGGAAAAUUCAU